UCCCGGCCCCGCCGCUCGCUCCGCGCCUUCGCCAUGGCCUUCGCCACCCGUCACUUCGUGCGCGCUGCCUCCUCCGACGCCGCCACGGCGGCCGCCAAGAAGCUGCUCAUCAAGCAUGUCACGAUCAUCGGCGGCGGCCUCAUGGGCGCCGGCAUCGCCCAGGUUGCAGCUGCCAGUGGUCAUACUGUGGUGUUAGUUGACCAGUCAGAUGAAAUCCUUAAAAAGUCUACAAAAGGAAUUGAAGAGAGUUUGAAGAGAGUGACAAAGAAGAAGUUUGCAGAUAAGCCUGAGGCUGGUGCUGAGUUCAUUAAGAAGACCUUGAAGAACCUCACAACAAGCACAGAUGCAGCAUCAGUGGUCCACAGCACGGAUUUGGUGAUUGAAGCCAUUGUGGAGAACCUGGAAGUCAAAAAUGAGCUCUUCAAGACGCUGGAUAAGUUUGCUCCAGAGCAUACGAUAUUUGCAAGCAACACUUCAUCCUUGCCAAUCACAAAGAUGGCAAACGCAACCACCAGGCAGGACCGAUUUGGUGGUCUCCAUUUCUUCAAUCCUGUGCCUAUGAUGAAGCUCGUGGAGGUCAUCAAGACUCCAAUGACCAGCCAAAAGACUUUUGAAUCACUUGUGGAUUUCAGUAAAGCAGUAGGAAAGAGUCCUGUCAGUUGUAAGGAUACUCCAGGGUUUAUUGUAAACCGUCUCUUGGUACCAUAUAUGAUGGAAGCUGUCCGACUUUUUGAGAGAGGAGAUGCAUCAAAGGAAGAUAUUGAUGUUGCUAUGAAGCUUGGGGCUGGCUAUCCCAUGGGUCCAUUUGAACUGCUGGACUAUGUUGGGUUGGAUACCAGUAAAUACAUUAUAGAUGGAUGGCAUUCAUUAGAGCCCAACAAUCCUCUUUUUGCACCCAGCCCACUCCUGAAUAAACUGGUAGAAGAAAAGAAGUUGGGUAAAAAGACUGGAGAAGGAUUUUACAAAUACAAAUGAACUCCAGACCUCAAGGUGUUAAACUAUCUGUAUAUGCUAUUCAGCAUUGCCAUAAUACAGGUGUUUAAACCUUCCCAAGGGUGGCACAAGCUGCAUUUAGAACGUAACUCACUUGUGAACUGAGUGAUUGCACUAGUUAACUAUGGUCAAAGCUUGAUUUGGUAGAUUGUUUUUUGUUUUUUUUUCUUGUAAUUCCAAAAAGUUUUCUAUGUACAGUGCCUUCAUGAAAUGUUGAUUUUUCUCAGGUGCAGUACAGAAUGACAAGUGAAUUUAUGUAUUUGAAACAUCAUUAUACUGAUGGGGAAAAUCCUAAAAAUAACCUCACUUUGUUAAAAAUAAAAUUUUCAACAAUUCUAUAUUGAGUGUGGGGGCUUGCAGUUGUGUCUUGGAUGGAGCCCACAGGGGGGCAGUCUCUUCCCACACUGGCAAAUUGCAGCCUGGAAAGGCAGUGGUUUGUUUUGUUAGGAUUUUUCUUAAGUGCACUACUAAUCUGCAGAUGUAAAUUACAGUGCCUUGAACAAUAAUGUUUUGAAGGACAUAUGUAAAAAUAAAUAAAGAAUCCCACAAUGGCAGGCUGCUUCCCAAACAGAAGGUUCCCAGUAAAGCAUUUAAAAGCAGAGCUCAUGAUUUACUUUGGGGUUUUCUAGCAUUUUCAAUUAGUGGUUGAGGGCCUACUUUAUUAUGUUUCUACAGCACCUAGAAAAAGAUUUCUAGAGUCCUGUAAAUUAGCUGUGUUUGAUGUGUCAUUUUACACAAUACACUAGUACUGUAGCUGAGUGCCUUCAGGAUUGCAGUUGGGAGUUUGUGCUGUGUAAACAAAUAUGUGUGUCAGGCUGUGUGAGGCACCUUCUGUUUUGCAACUUCAUUUCCUUGGGGCUUAGCAGAGCUGAAUUUGUCCGUGGUGGGAGUGCAUCAAAUCCUGUCUUUUCUCCAAGUAUUGCAGAGCAAGUGGCCAUGAGGAUUGGUGUUCCAGUUCAACUCAGUAGUAGCGUUCCUUUAUUGUCUGUACUUAGUGCUUAUAUAUAUAUAUCUUUAGUUGCAGAAAUUACGAAUAAUUAUUUAAUGGCAAGCUGCCUCUUCCUCCCUCCUCCAUCAUCUAAUUCAGAUUGCACAUAAAGAAACUGAGGCUGACAGAGGCACAUAAUCACAUAAGAAAUCUCUGAGUAGAGAAUAAAAUUUUUGGUUUAUUGGAUCCUGGUCUUAAUUACAUAUUGCCUAAUUUUGAGCCACUUGCCUUGAAAGAAAAGGGUUAAAGGAAAGAAACUGUACCAAAGAGUCUCUUUCCUUUACUAAAGUAUUGUUAAACUGACUUGGUUUUACUGAAAUAUAGUCCACUUCUUACAUACAAAGUCUGUUUCACUGAAAGUUCCUAAUGUUUGUAGCUCAGUUUAGUGACUUUUAAGUACUGCAGGGUGAAGUUAGCAUCAGUACUACUGUUUUCAAUAGUGAUUAAAAAUGGGAAUGUGUAUGACUCGUGUCUAAAAAUGCAAUUUGUUUUUUACAAAAAAAAAAAUUUGGUAGAAGUAAUUUUCUACUGCUCAUUUUACUUGGAUGAUGACCUUUAUUUUGGGAAGGGGAAGGUUUAUAGCAAGGCAUAGGCUAUUUAGUGUUAAAUGUGCAAAAUAUUUUUCACUAGUAAAUGUGAUAUUUUAGAAAAAUAAGCUUUCUCUAAAACAGUGUUUUCCUUUCAGAAGCUCUAACAGGUACAGUAUGUGUAUAUGUAAUAAAUAGAAGAAACCUGAAAAAGAGGCAUUUGUGAGUUGGACUUGCUAUUUGAGAAGAGACUUUUUUUUUUUAGCAGAAUAGACCCUGUGGAAGUACUUUAAUGGUGGGUGGACAUAGUUUAUUUUAUUAGCAUGUGGAGUGUUAUGCCAGGAUGAGUAGAGAUGAGGUAAAGGGUGAAAACUUCAAAUGCUCCCUCUUAUAUCUAGAUCAGAAUGCAGAGCAGAGUGGUAAUUGAAUGACUGACUGUAGUCAUUGGACCAAGGUAAGCCUUUUCUUUUGCUCCUCAGUGGGGAGGCAUGGAGAAUGUAGAAGUCCCUUUUAAGGGAGGAAAACGAAGAGAAUUAGCCAGAAGUAGGUUAUUAAGUAGUCAAUUCUGAAUUUUACAAGAAUUUCUACAGCUUUGUUAGUUCAGAGAUUUUUAGGGAGCUUAAAGAAUAUGUAAUGAAAUAAAGGAAUUGUGUGUUACCACCUU